CUCGAGAGCCGACCAGAUUGGUAUCCAAUUCCACUAUAUCGGAAGUGUUCAACAGCAUCAAAGGCGUUCAUCGUGUGAUUUAUCACGAUGGAUUCAAAUAUCGGUACGAUAAGAAGUACAAAGGUGUUGAAUAUUACACCUGCGAUUGUGCGCGCAAAAAUGGGUGUAAGUGCCGUUUGCACAAACUGGUUGGAGAAGACGACCCUGCGAAAUUCGAAUUGAAACAUUCACAUUCCCAUCCUGGCGACGCACGAAACAUCGGAAAGCAACAAGUGCACACCAAAAUCAAGGAACUGGCGAAGACAACCGAUCGCACUGCAACCGCAAUUGUUGCAGAAAGUGUACAAAGUCAGAAGAAAUCGACGUUGGCCGCUCUGCCAAGCGCUAAGUCCAUGGUUAAAACGGUGUAUCGUGAACGCAAACCAGGCUUUCGGCGAAGUCCAGAAACAUUGGCGGAGCUCGUCUUGGACGGUGAAUUGCGCCAAACCAAAGACGGGAAAGAAUUUCUGCUGUUUGAUUCCGAAACAGAAGAAGGCGAACACGACCGUACACUGAUUUUUGCGACUGAAGAAAACAUCCAUUUUCUUCGCAAAUGCGAACAAUGGUUUAUGGACGGCACAUUCUCGAUUACACCGCCGUUGUUCAAGCAGGUGUAUAUGAUACAUGGUGAGAGAAUUUAUAAGAUUUUCAAUCGAACAUUGUUUGUAAAAAUGUGUUCCAUUUAAAGGUCGAAUCAAUGGAUUUCACAUUCCGCUCGUCUACGUUGUGACCACAAACAAGUGGCAAGAUACCUACGAAUUGGUGUUGAAUGUGUUGUUGGGAAAAGAGCCAAAUCUCAACUCAACUGACGUUACGGUUGAUUUUGAAGCGGCUGCAAUCAAUGCAGUGAAGAAGUGCUUCCCCUUGUCAGAAGUACAUGGAUGUUUCUAUCACUUUACAUCAAACAUUUGGAAGCACGUGCAGCUCGUGGGUCUUCAAUCGAUCUAUAACAAUGAUGGUGACUUCGCUGUUCAAAUUCGGAUGCUGACAGCACUUGCGUUUGUUCCAGUCGAUCAAGUGGAGGCUGCAUACGACGAGCUGAUGACCACACCAUUCUUCUGUGAGGAUGGAAUGGAGGAGUAUGCGGCCCAGAAAAAUGCGAUUGACGAACUGGUGAUGUGUUUUCAAAACACUUACAUGUUUGCAACCGAUCGUUUUGGAAAACGAAAGCCGCCAUUGUUUGCGCCAGCCAUUUGGAACGUAUAUGAUAACGUUUUGCUGGACCGCCCGCGCACAAACAAUCACUGUGAAGGUGCUCACAACAAAAUGGCUCAAACAUUCGGUGUACAUCCAUCCAUCUUCAAGUUCAUUGACUGCCUGAAAUCUGAGCAAGCCACCCAUGAAGUCACAAUGGCCCAAAUCGACGCCGGAGCUGAUCCAUCGGCCCGCAAACCGAAAUACAUUCGAGAGGAUGAACGCUUGUUUAAAAUGAUCAAGAAAUUCGAUGCCGACAUACAAGAUGAAAAAUACCUGGCCUAUCUGGAAUCUGUGGCACACAACACGCGUCUUUAGUGGACAAAGCUAAUUACUUUGAAAGUUUUUUUUUUCAUUAGAUAUCAUUCAUUUCGUAAUAAGUAGAACAAUGCAACAAAAAAAUGCCAAACAUGAUCAGAUUUUAUAAACUCAAUUUAAAUUGGAAUAAACAUAAGUAAUAAAUCAAAACGAAAAGAUGGUGAGUUUGUAUUGGAGAAAUAAUCGAAUUUGCUUGCGGAGAAAAUAGCACCAGUUUUCAAACUUGACGCGCUGUUAAGUUUCGAUUUGAAAUUGUAUUUUAUAUUGGCUUGCUGUUUGAAAUUGGGGCACUGUAGUCGCUUUACUUUGACAUCUCAUCAGCCGCUGUAUACAAAUUUGUCAUAAUUUCAGGUGUAGAAGUAGUGAAACAUUAAAGAGCA